AUGAAACAAAUUUUAUCAAAUGUCCCUGAUAAUUUCUUAACAGAACCUCGCUUCUCAUAAUAGUCAUGUCAUAUUAUUAAAUCAAAACCCUUAAUUACUUAUACACCUUUACAAGUUAAUAAACCUUAAAAUUUGAUUUAAUCAUUAAAUGGGUUAUGCAAGUACUUUAAUAAAAAGGAUGAAAUGAAAUAGAUAAGUUAUUACGCUCCUAAAAGUGUUUAGAGAUCUUCAGCAUCAUUAUCUCCUAGAUAGAUAAUGACAAGUAGCAUUUCUGAUAAUAGUCCUGUAUUAGUAAAACAGCUUCUAUGUAGCUAAAAAUAUCUAAAAGAGAAUCUCAAUCCUUCUUCUAGCAUUGAGUUCAAAUCAGUAAUUAAAUUAUCAUUAUCUUUUUGUAGGAUUAAAAAUUGAUCAAAGUUAAUGAUAGUAGUCAUAAGAGAAGUAUGGGAAGAUUUGCUAAAAAUUAGAAAUCUAGAAAUGCAUCUCUUUAAUAUCAUGAAGAUUGGAAAUUAAAAUAUGAUGAUCUAUAAGAAAGCUUAUGCUAACGUAUUUAAUAAUUAGAAAAUGAACUUGAAGAAAUGGAGAACAAUAGAAAAAUUGAUAGAAUGCAUUCUGAUGAAUAAACAAAUUAAUACAUUGAAUAAUUAUAAUCCAUUAUUGCAGAAAAAGAUCAAGUGAUUUAUUAAUUAGAGUAAAAAUAAGAGGAAUUAGAAUAAAUCAUAGAAAAGUAGUCAGAAGAAUUUUAAAGAUGUAAAUAAGAUAAAUCAAACUUUUUUGAUAAUCUUGAAAUUAAAAGAUUAUAAUUUGUAGAUUAACAAUUUUAAAAAUUAAAAGGAUAAUUACCUGUCUUAGCUUUCAUUAUUAGAAAUAUAGAAUAAAUAUUAGAUACAUCAUAAACAUAGCAAUAAUUAAAUAAUUUAUCCUUGUCUUCAGUUUCUAUGAUUGAUAUGAUAAAUGAAAUGAAUCAAGAAAUAGGAUUAAAAAUUAAAAGUUCAAAUCGAAAUGAUGAAUAAUUGAUUCGUAACAUUAUCGACAAUAAACCAAUUAAUUUAACUGAUAUUUUAUCUAGAAAAAAACAUUGA